CAGGAGAAAGAGCUUUUGAAUAUACCUGAUAAGUGAUAGGUCGAACCUUGACAGGAAAGAGCUGGAUAUGGGACUGCGGAAGCCGGCAGUUCAGCGAUAGCCAACAAGUAGGAAUCACAGAGGGUUGAGGCUUUAGAUCUAAAUGCUCUAGAGGAAGAAGAUGAUAGGAAAAAGAGAAAGAUGAGAAGACUAUAUCGAUCGUCGUACGCGUCGGCGUCUAUGAUUUGUGAUGGCAGACUGGGAAGAGGGUAUUGAUUGGGAAGAGGAUACGGAAUCGACAUAAAACUCGAAAUUUCAGGGAUACGAGGAGUCGUUUGCAUUGAUGGCCUCGGUUGUUUCGGCGGACAAAGGUGGAAAGAAAGCGUAGGUAUGGAAACGAUCGGAUUUUGGGGAGGAUUGAAUUUUAGGGAUUGUACGGUCACAGCUCGUAUGCAUAGAGAGAUGGCGGGGUGGGGCGGCGAGGAGGCUUACCCAUUGCUGCCCUGUUCUGAUUGCGGGUCGGGUCGAGACCCGCCCCGUUCUAGGACGGGUCAGGUUCUACCCGCCCCAACACGGGUCGGGUCGGGGAAAACCCGUCGGGGCGGGUCCAUUCUGCCAUCACUAGUCGGAGUUCACAGUCUUACGAUAGGGAACUGGCUCAUGUCCAGUGAAAACCUUCUGUGCUCUGGUAGCUUGGCAGUUUGCGGGGAGCGCCUCCAGUUCACGGUCUGAGUGACCGUGAACUCACAGCCCAAACGGUGAACUGCUGUUGUUUUCACUGUUUGACUUGGUACUUUCGCCCUUUCGUCCAAAUUUCAACUCCGGGGUUGGUUCCACCUACCAAAGCUUGAAAAUACCAAAACAAGGCACAAUCCUGCGUAAAACCAAACCUCCCAAAGUGAAAACGCUUCAAACGACUGAGCAAACUGGGGGGUAAAAAGUGUACAAAUGAGUCCGAAUCACUCCCCCACACUUAGACGUUUGCUUGUCCCCAAGCAAACCAUUUUAAACCUUGGUGAUAUCUCAACCUGACAAGAUAACUUGGGACAAAUCAAAAGGCACAAAGCGGUGAAUCUCAAUGACUAUUUGGGCAUCAACACAUAGAACCACCUCAACAAUACCGACAUCCACCACAAACGACAUUCGAUUGCAUUAAAAAUGGGCAAAUGAAAAGUUCUCACCCUGUUCACAAAUCAAUGCAAGUCUCGAUUGGACUACUCACCAAUCACAACUAACAAUGCAUAGAACUAAAGUCCAAGGAAUAGACAACGGGGCAACAUAGGUCCUCACUGGGGUAAAAUAUGACAUGCAAAACAAGAAUGAAUCACUCACUCUCGACCAGUAGGGUCGGGACCUUUUUGGUGCAAAAGAUGUGCACAAUCGUUAACGCUCAACCCUAUCGUCGCUCCACCACGGUGGCAACCUCUAAAUGCUAGAGUUCACGGGACAAUUGUCAUCACUAGUUUGUCUAGAGGUCUUAGACACAGGUUCAAAUGGCUGGCAAUUGUCUUGGACAUGGGGAAAAAAGCUUUUUGGGGGGUGGGAAACAUGGCAUGAGGUCCUACAUCUUCAACCUAAAACCCAAGGUUCUAAGGUCUCAGCUAAGAACCUUUCCUACAAACAAAGGCCACUAGCAUCGGCCAAAAAGCACACAUACCUUCUUCCAAACUACCACCAAUAACGAACCACAUUCAAGCACACACCUUCGGGCUAUCUUGCUAUCCACAUUCCGAACCUAGUAGUGAAGAAGGUCAUCAAACAAUUUAGGUGUUUCAAUGGCUUGAGUGCCAAGAAAUCCUUUCUAGAGUAUACACUUAGACUUUUGUGGCCACUCUCUACUUUUAUUUACCUCGUUUUACUACCUCUUUUUCGUUUCUUUUCUUUCUUUUUCUCUUUUUCUUCCCCUGAGGGGGGUAUAGAGAGCUAAACACAUGCCACUUCUUUCAUUUACCGAACAAUGUUCUCCAUUUAAGAACUUUCCUCCCACACUACCUUCUCAUUUCUAGCAAGAACCGUGCAAAACCACCUAUGUAGAACCUCGAUGGAUCUCAAAAGUGAGAACUCCGAGACACAAAGAUGACUCACACUUCGACACGAAGAAAGGAUGGGUGGGGAUCGUUCUUUCAAUCACCAUUAAGCUCAACAAACACGAAGCUCCUAGCAUUAGAACGACCCCAAAGUCACACGACUCAAAGGGGUUUAUUAGGAGAUAAAAUGUUUCGGGACAA